CGACAUCUUCUUUGAUCCAGCUUUUACCAAUAAGUGUCGCGUCACUUCCUCGCCCCAUGCCCAUCCCUUUGGAAAGAAAAAGAAAACUCACACAGACAAACGACGGCGAGAAAAAAGAGCGAGGGAAAAGUCGAGAGGGAAGCGAAAGCCAAAAGCCAGAUGUAAGAGUUGGAUACUUGAGAGGGAGCCGACCAAAGAGCAGAAUAUUCAUUUUAAAUUAUGCCACUGCACAAAUCAACCCGGGCUCCUCGCCUGGACCCCACCAUGAUCUCAGCCCCAUUGGGUGACUUUCGCCACACCAUGCACAUUGGGAGGGGAGGCGACGCCUUUGGCGACACGUCUUUCCUGUCCACCCUUGGCCCGGGCCAGGCCAGCAAUGACCCGGGGUGUACAGGAAAUGAAGCUCAGCCUGAGGUGAUGGUCAACCACAGUGAUGUUCACAUGGAUGCUUCUGGAAGCCCACAGAACACUGAGCUUCAGCACUCCGAGUCAGUGUCUUCAUUCGACCUGGACCUGGAUCUGGGCCCGUCCAUGAUGGGGGAUGUACUAGGAGUGAUGGAUAGUAUUGGGCUUGACUCCAAUGAGGAGGAUGUGUUCAGUCCCAAAAAUGGCCCCUCCUUGGUGGGCUCAAAGCUGGGAAAAGGCCCCACCGAGACGUCUGUGAACAUGCAGAACGAGCUGAACGGGAAGGACUUGGUUGGUUUGGAUGAGAACCAGGUGGGAGACAGCAGGAUACCAGAUGGGAAUGGGAUCAAGCCAAAGGGGUUACGACCAAAAGUGCGAUUCAGUGACAAACGUGAGGAGAUCAUUCGCCACGCAUCUGAAGAGGAUGAGGGUCAGGGGUUCGAUUUCCAGGAUGAAGAUCAGCUGGAGGUUCAUAGUCCAACAAGGGUUGAGGGUGAGAGGCUUGAGAGUGUAGGAGGUGGAGGUGAAACUGAGUUCACCAAUCACAGAGUAGAUCUGCCGCCUAGUCCUGCCUCAUCUCACAGCUCAGAGUAUGAAGGAGAGACCUCAUUGGACAGGAGGAGGGUUGACAGCUGCCACUCAGUGACUGAUUCAGAGGAGGAGGAGGGGGAGGGACGGGGCUACACAUUUGAAGAUGAGUUUGAUGAUGAAAUCGGUCUAUAGGGGACAGGUACAGUCGCCCCUUGAAACAAAUCUUUGCUGUCAAAUAAAUCAAGCAUACUGUAUUUUCUUUAAGUCAUUACUUCAGUAUCCUUUGAAUGGGAGACCCAAAAAGAAUGCAAGCUGGAUUUUUUUCUAAGACUCAGUGGAAGAUUCACAGUUUGACGAUGUUGCUCUACUGGAAAAGACAUUUUCGUUUUAUCUGCAUGGGUAACAGAUUUGCAGAAGACAAUUCAAUGUGUAAUCUAGGUAACAGAGAUGAAAGGUUCGUAGCACUUUGAUGCAGUAUGUUGAUCUGGAUGUUUCUCUAUGAAACUGAGGCUCAGUGAAAGAUUGAUUUUGGUGAAAUUAAUAAUGCUUGCUUUGUAAAGUUCCUGUGUCUUACAUUUGCUGUCUUAAGGGCACACAACAUGUGUUGUGAGCUGGACAUUUACUGCCUUAAAUAGAGUUUUAUGCUUACAUUAAUGUACCUUGUGCCUUAUCCAUGUCUUAAUAGUUAUAUCUCAUAUGCAUGUUUAUUACAGUCUUCAUUUCUUCUUUGUGUUAAGCUUCAUAAAUGGUUCCCAGAGACUUUGUGAGAAAAUAAAAGUUAAAUACUGUGAAUCUGUCACAUUCCAGAUAUAGCAAUGUGACUGUCUUUUGUUCACACCAAAUCAGAUCUUUUUUCUUAAUGCAGUUAUUUAGCAUGUUUAAACAUACCAAAGAGUUUCUUUUUGCUUUUGGGCUUGUACCUUAAUGCUCAGACAAUCAUGGGAAUAUUAUUGGUCGAUUGUAAAUUAAGACCAGCGGUUUAUUUUUGCACGUCUCUGGCUUUUACAGUUGACUUCAUUGAAGACGUAUUUUAUUACACAAUGCUGUAAGAGAGAGAUCAUUCUGCUCAUCUGAUGAAAAUGCUGGUUGGAACAUAUCUUUUAAUCCCAUGGUUUAAAAAGGAUUAAAGUGAGAACAAUAAAACAGUCAUUGGGAUAUUUAAAUAUUCA